CGGCUGCUGGUGGGUCCCCGGCCCCAGCCGAGCGCGCCCGGAGCUGCGGCCGCCGGCCCUGGGCUGCGGGGAACAGCCUCGUCUCCUGCAGGGCUGCGGGCGGCCUGGCAGCAUGGAGCCCUCUGGCCAGGCCGUGGAGAAGCAGGAGCCCCCGGGGCCCAGGCUGGACCCCGAGCUCAAGUCCUGGAAGUGCCUGGUGUGCUACCUGUGUUUCUACGGCUUCAUGGCCCAGAUGCGGCCCGGGGAGAGCUUCAUCACGCCCUACCUCCUGGGCACUGAGAAGAACUUCACGGCUAAGCAGGUCGCCAACGAGAUCACGCCGGUGCUGUCCUACUCGUACCUGGCGGUGCUGGUGCCCGUCUUCCUGCUGACCGACUCCCUGCGCUACACGCCGGUGCUGGUGCUGCAGGGCGUGAGCUACGUGUGCGUGUGGCUGCUGCUGCUGUGGGGCCGCUCCGUGCUGCACAUGCAGUUCAUGGAGCUCUUCUACAGCGUCACCAUGGCCGCCCGCAUCGCCUACUCCUCCUACAUCUUCUCCCUCGUGUCCCCCGCCCGCUACCAGCGCGUGGCCGGCUACUCGCGCGCCGCCGUGCUGCUGGGCGUCUUCACCAGCUCCGUGCUGGGCCAGCUGCUGGUCACCGUGGGCAGGCUCCCCUUCACCACGCUCAACUACGUCUCCCUGGCCUUCCUCGUCUUCAGCCUGGCCCUCGCCUUCUUCCUGAAGCGGCCCCGGCGCAGCCUCUUCUUCAACCGCCGGGCCCCCGAGCUCGACGGGGCCGCGCCCUCCGAGCUGGACCGCAUGAACCCGGGCCUGGGCCGGGCGCUGCCGGGGGCCUGGCGGGACUGGAUCCUGGUGCGCAUGCUCCGGGAGCUGGGGGACAGCCUGCGGCUGCCGCAGCUGCGCCUCUGGUCCCUCUGGUGGGUCUUCAACUCGGCCGCCUACUACCUGAUCGUCUACUACGUGCACAUCCUGUGGAACGACAUCAACCCCACCAAGGACACCUCCUCCGUCUACAACGGGGGGGCGGACGCCGCGUCCACGCUGCUCGGUGCCAUCACCUCCUUCUCCGCGGGCUUCGUGAGGAUCCGCUGGGCCCUGUGGGCGAAGCUGGUCAUCGCGGCCGCGACGGCGCUGCAGGCCGCGCUGGUCUUUCUCAUGUGCUACACGGAAAACAUCUGGCUGUGCUACAUGGCGUUCGUGCUCUUCCGCGGCGCCUACCAGUUCCUGGUGCCCAUCGCCACCUUCCAGAUCGCGUCCUCGCUUUCUAAAGAGCUCUGUGCCCUGGUCUUCGGAGUCAACACGUUCCUGGCCACUGUCCUCAAGACCAUCAUCAUCCUCGUGGUCGCCGACAGGCGGUGUCUGGGCCUCUCGGUGCGCUUACAGACUUUUCAUCUCUUCCGAGAGCGUGAACGCACGGCGAAACGCUUCCUCUCAGGUAAUUGUAACGUCUCUGCCAUCCCUGCGCUGGCGUCUGUAGACUGUAUUCAUCCAGUUAGAGAUCUUUGUGCUUCUAAGUGAUUGUUUUUAUUAACCUGGACAUUUCGGAGAUUAUGUUAAGAGAUCUGCAUCUUACUGAAACCCUCCACUUUAACUGGUUUUUCCUGACACUGCUCUACAGAGGGGGUCGGGGACAUGUGCCUUGUUACGGCCAACGGGGGGAGUCCAGGCUCCUGACCGAGACGGGGCGGGGCUCCUCCUCCCUGCGGGGGAUGGAGUGCCAGCUCUGCCCACCUGGCCUCCAGCCCCCAGCGGUUGGGAGGGGUGAGGGAGCCUGGUUACUGCUCCCACGCGGCCUCCGGUGACACCACUGGGGACGGGCCGUCCUCCGUGCUGCGGGGGAGC